GCAGACAAAAACAGCCCAUAUAGGCGAACCGGUCGCGCAUUGCUGUAGGUAAUACUCGCUUUUAGCUCGCACAGCUCGGCCGGCGUCGCGAAAUUAAUUGCGUGCAACUCUGCCACUGAUUUUGUUGCACACUUAAGCUACACUACUGCACCGAUGCCGCCCGCACUCACGAUCUCCGAGGCAUUGAAAGAUGAGUCCUGCUGGCACUUCGCUGGGACGCACAGCGACGAGGGCUGGACCUGCGCCUGGGUCGCGCGCCGCCGCGGCUGGGGCGACGACCUCCUGCUGCAGCGGCCGUCGCAGCCGCCGCUGGUCGUCGCGUCUCGCGCAAAGGUUGCGGGUCCACCAGUAUUCUUCGAGGACGGCGACUUCGCCGUAGUGAUCGAUGGCGCGCUCAAGGUAGGCAGCUCCUACGGCAAUUUCGGCAACUUAGUCAUCGAGCCUGCCAAGGGCGAAACGAUGCGAGGCAGCAUCCGGUGGGUCGGCGAUGCCUUUCUCGUCAUCGUGAAGCGCGCUGAUGGCCGUGAGUGCCUGCGGCGCUACUCGUGGACAAGCCGGGGCGAUUUCGACGAGGUCUACGUUGCCUCGAAGGGCGGUAGCAUUGGAAGCUUCGACGGCUGGCCCGGCAGCUCGGCCGUGGCACUCGUCCACCGCCUCGCGAACGCCAUGGUUGCGGAAGUAAUCGUCGUUGAUGAGGCAGGGCAGCGGUCUGUGGCGCGCGACGGCCGUGUAGAAUACGCCCCGCCGUCGGUCGGUUGCCUCGUCAACGACAUACCUGGUACUAAUGGUCGCCGCCAGCUAGUCUGCCGCUUCGGCGGUCACGAUGUCGCGAGCGGCGUCGGCGCCAAGCUUUUCGCCGACGAUGCGGCGGACGCACCGCAGCGGCUCGCCGACGGGCCCACGUCGGGGCUCGUGCACGGCCUGUUCGUCCUCGACCGGGAUGCGACGCGCUGGGAGCGCGUCGACAUACAAACACCCGAUUUUCAAAGGGUCGAUGUAGCUGCACGAUCCUACGGGCCUCCAAUCCGUGACAUGUGCGUCAACGCCGAACGCACCGGCGUCGUCGUGACCGGGCGAGAGGAAAGCGGCGUCGGGGAAGCGCUCUACGAAGUCGAAUUUUCCGUUUCUGGUGAUCGCUCUACCGGGAUGAUCAGCAGGAUCGGUUUCGAUCCUGGAGAGCAGGGCGCCGUCGCGCCCGUCGCUGCGGUACGUCUCGCAGACGUGCUCUUUGUCAAGCGUUCACCGGACUCGUGGGGCGACCUUCAUGCUGUCAAGAGUUCCAGCUUCCCCGACGACCGGCUGACGUAUACGAUGCCCCUAGCCUUGGCGGCGAAGCUCCGCGCGCCGGACCAGGUCAAGCUCGACGACGGCUGCCACGCGCUAGUAUACUGGCCCACUACGGAGAUUGGUGGCGACGACGACGACGACGACACGAUGGGCACGGAUAACAACGCCGUCACGGUCCGGCCCCUCGUCUGGGGGCACGGCGGUCCUCUCUGCUCGCACGCGCUCGAGCCGGCUCCCCUCUUCCAGUGGCUCGCGGACCUCGGACAUGUCGUCGUGGUCCCGCAUUUUCCCGGAAGCGUAGGCUUCGGCCUCGCGCACAUGGACGCGGUGUGCGGCGACGGGUGCGGCAAGAAGGACUUCGAGAGCGUCUGCGCGGCGGGGACGUGGUGUCUGAAGGAAGACGGCUUGCGGCCGCCCGAAGGUAUCUCCGUCGACCGGAGCCGCGGCGUGGGCUACGCGGGCCACUCGUGGGGCGGCUACCUCGGCCUGCUCGCCGCGACGCGCGCCGAGUCGCCGUUCUCCUGCGUUGUGGCUUCGGCGGGCAUCGCCGACUGGAACGUGCAGCAGAAGUGCACGGAAGUUCGUUACUACGACCGGUGGUUGAUGGGCGGCUGGGUCUACGAGGAGGCCGUCCGGCCGCGCGUGGCGCGCGCGAACCCCGAGCCGGUGGUGCGCGUGCCGCUGUUACUCGCGCACGGCCAGGCCGACACGGACUGCCCGUUCGCGCAAAUCAACACCUUCGCCGAGAAAGCCGCGUCGCCUCUGUUGGAAACGCUGUUUCUGGAGGGCGAGGGACACGGGCCGUCGGGCUGGUCCGAAGAGCAUCGGAAGGCAUACUUCGAAGCCAUCGAGCGGUUUCUUCGGCAGAACCUUAAGCCGUGGAACUGCGUGGACAACCCGCACGGCGACGUGACGGCGUAUUAA